UGAGUAAUUAAUGACAGAAACUUCGUUUUUGGGUGAACUAACCCUCUAAGUUAUUGCUGCUCUGAAUGUUUUUAUAGCUAUGCAGUUGAUAGAAUGCAGUUGAUCUGUGUGGUUAGUGCUUUAUGGCUGUUUCUCAAAUAGCCUACUCCUUUUCCAAGUUUACAGUCAAACUCAAGUAGUCCCGCUCCAAACUCAAGCCAAAUUGUCUCCAAAUUUUCUGAUUGGCUAAAAGGAGCAGGCCGCGAUGAAUUUUCCAUCAACAGCGGUUUUGCACUAUUAAUUACAACAAUAGAACAUAAUAGAGUUCUCAGACAUCUAUUUCCGUGAUAUGCUAUCUUGUCAGACACUAUAUGAGUAAAAAAAAAAUCUAUUGCCAUUAACAUGAUUUAUGCGUUUAUUGAAUGCAUUAUUAAGAAGGUUUGCUAUGGCAGAUUCUUGAGAAAAAAAAAUGUACUCAGUCACUUCUGAGGUCAGAAGCUUUUGUUGUGGCUUGCAGGAUUAGUUAUUUAAAGCCUCGGCCGGUGGAAAUUUCCCAUGGCGUUCCGCGCACGCUCAAUCAAAGCUUUAAUACGCAACCGAGGUAACGGAACAGAGGGGCAGAUAGAGUCAGUACAGCAUCAUCAGACAGUAUCCGUCGGGAAUGCGACCUGCUUGCUGCCCACACGAUCUCUGUAGGGACCAGCACGAGCACAAUCUCAUGGAGCCAGAGUUUCAAACGAAGCAAAUCCUUCAGAUCACUGGAUAAGACGCGCGCCACUUUGUUUCUCCACAGUGCCAUCUGUUGAGGUGCAACCUGGCUUCUCUCCGACAGUCUCCUGGGGUUACGACGGAGAGGAAAGCGCCACACGUCCCGUCUAUUUUUCCCACAAAGCACGGGUAGUUUAUCGCCACCAGAUGGAUGGCAAUAUUAUCGAUGCCACCUGCUGACCUCUGGGCUCCUUUCCCAGAAUUCCUUGCCUUGUACCUGUAGACCUCCAGAACAGUGUAGAGGAGCAUCUACUAGACUGUUCCGUCGUGUGUAAUUAAACUAAAUCUUUUGUAUUUAGUAAAGAUGUCACAGUGUUUCCUCUGGUUCCUCCAUCCUCUUGCCAGACCUGGCAUUCACCUGUUCUUGUACUUACUGUGUUGAAAUGAAAUGAAAUGUUUCAAGGGAGACAGAGUGCUGCAGGCCACAUGGAAUGUAAAAAACAGGGAUUGAGCUGGAUGUUGUAUGUUGUAUACAAUGUAUGUGCAUUUUGUCAUCCAUAUCUGGUCCUGGAUGCAUGAUUUCCUGUUGUUGUUUUUUUAGACAAACCACAAUUGGUUUUUCAGAGGUUCAUGAAUGCAUUCAGGAAAAAGAUAACAUUUUGUACUAAUCACUGGAAUUCUAAUCUAAAAUGUAUGUAUGUUUAGUAAAUAUGAUUAUAUAUUUUGUCUCUUGUUCUCUGAUUCUGUUAAAGGAGAUUGAGUCUUGCAAUAAAAUAGUUUAUAGUAAAUACA